AGAAAAAGUAAACAUACCGGUAGACAGAAAAGAAUUUUCAAGUGCUCAGAUUGUAGCGAAAACAGUAUUUAUUGAAAAUCAUCGUAGAAAUACAAGAUGUAUCUCCUUUUAGUUAUAACAAUAAUUUGCUUUCUGAUGCCCUUCGUUUCAAAGAUAACUAAAUUAAUCCUUUUGAUGGUAUUCCGGGAGAGUUUGGAAGUCCGCGCACUGCGAGCCGAAUCAGAACACAUCAAAAGGGAACUUUCGAAAAUAUCUAUGCGAGAUGAUUACAUCAAGUAUGUGAAGGUGGAGCGUAAACUAGUUGCGGUCGACACGAAACUAAAUGAAGCCAAAAGUGGAGAGUCGGCCAGGAGAAUGGUUUACGAAUACGGCAUCCAGUAUGGAGCAUAUGCCAUUCUGGCGCUGAGUUUGGUGAUUAUUUCUAUUUUCUAUCGCUACACACCGGUCGUGGUUUUCGGAAAGAACUUCAACUUCGCACCGUUCGAACGGGUGUUGAGUUUUCCGACUGGCGUCCCCAAUUCGGUGUCGUGUGUUUUUUGGAUUGUAGUGAAUAAUUUUGUCGCCCGCACUUGUGCGGGAUAUAUUAAAUAAAUUGAUUUACGUAUUUCCCAAACUGUUUGACAUUA